AUUCACCCCUACCUCAAUCAUUAAUCUGAUCCUGAAUGAACCGAUCAAUAUAACUUAUUUAUAAGCGUGCCUAUAAAAUUGAUUUUUCUUGUUGAUUGGUCCAAUUAUUAUGAGAUAGAUGGAAAAAAGCAGAUACAUUGAAAAUGGCGGUCAGUUCAUACCAAUAAUAAUAAUAUCAGCCCUGUAUUAUAUACUGCCCCACUGUUGGGCACGGGCCUCCUCUAUUAAUGAGAGGGAUUAGGCCUUAGUCCACGACGCUGGCCUAGUGAGGAUUGGUAGACUUUACACACCCUCGAAAUUCCUGUAGAGAACUUCGCAGGUAUGCAGGUUCCUCACGAUGUUUUCCUUCGCCGUUAUACCGUUAGUUGAUACCAAUGCUUGACACAAUUCUUUACUGUUAGUGCUGGAGUACCGUGUAUAUUGUCGCUGCGUGGCGGCGUCACGUUGGCACUCCGGCGUUCCUACGAAUCACGCCUCCCUGCCUCAUGUCUCAGUUCGCAACACGUACAACGUGGCAUAGUUAUUUGUAUAUAGGACGCUGCACUGCACCGUUAACGAAUCGUUUGAAUUCUCCUAAUGUUGGUGCGAAAAACUGGUCAAAGUAUUAAAACACACAUUAAAAUUCUAACAGACAAUUACUCGCAGUCUUGGAUACAUAUCUAUCACCAAACAGGGUUGAGAAAGUACCAAAGGUAUAAAACCUUUAAGUUCUGUACACAUAAUCUGAGAUUAGAUGACGUCGUUUUCUAAAUACACGAUAUGAGCCUAAACCCUAAGUUAACAAGAUCUCUGUUAAUGAUAACAGUGUUAGUUAUUGUAGAAACAUGUUCUGCAACAUACAACCUUAUGUUAAACGGCAACUACUUAUCACCGCUUGCUGUAAGUGUUUGUGUUAUAGUAAAUUUGUGAAGAUUUGAAAAACUUCUUUAAAGUCGUCAUUAUCAAGAAGAAUUAAUAGCUAUUGAUCUGAAAAUGUUCAUAAAGUGUUUGUGUUAGUGGAAUAACUUCAAGACUGUUUCUAAGGUUCAAAAUACUGUCAUUUCUAAACAUCAAUUUAAUGAUUUCUUACGUUUACGCGAAUGUUGUCAUCGACUGUAAAUCAGUUUUAAUUUGUGGUGUUUAUUUUUGUUUUAUUUUCUGUUAUCUAUCUAGUAUCAGUAUUCUGUUUUACCUUUCCUGUGAUACUGUCUUCAAUUACCGGUGUAUCUAUUACAGUAAAUACAUCGUAUUCAAUGUUGGGACUAAAAGUGUUGUUAAUUUUUCAGUAAACAUCGGCCAUAUAUUGGUCGGGUAUGAAAUAUAUUGGACUGGUCCUAUCAUUCCUAAGCUUUUAAAUAUCGAGGAGACGCCUCUGUCUCGUGUUAUAUCAGCAACAGAGGCAUCAUGGGUUGCUUCUUUAGUUUUGAUCGGAGGAGAUGUUGGAGCUAUCAUCGCCGGCUAUACAGCAAACUUGAUCGGUCGCCGACCCUGUAUCAUACUCAGCGGAGUUCUUAUGCUCAUUUCACAUCUAAUAGUGAAUUUCCCUACUUCAUUAGGCAUGAUUUAUGCUGGAAGAAUUUGUAUAGGUGCUAGCAUUACUAUCUUCUUAUUGGUUACUUUUAUAUAUCUUGGAGAAAUAUCAUCCCCAAACAUACGCGGCAUGUUGAUGACAUCGACGAGCAUUUUUCAUUCGUUCGGCGGUUUUGUAGUGUACUGCGUGGGUCCUUACGUCUCGUACACACAAGUCGGAUACGUGUUUUUUGGAAUUAGUGCUGUUUAUGUUACUGCGAGCUGCUUUUUACCCGAAUCUCCAGUAUAUCAUGUCAUUAAAGGUAAUGAAGAAGCAGCGAAAGAAUCUCUUCACAAAUUGGGGAGAGACAAAGAUAUCGACACAGAACUGAAGAAGAUGAUGGAGCAAGCUGUUAAAACUAAAACUAAUUCUUAUCUCUUAAGGGAACUGUUCAUUGACAAAGGAAACAGAAGGGCUCUUUGCGUCACAACCCUUUAUACAUAUUCCAGCAAUCAAGUGGAAACAUAGCUGUCAUAUUCUUCGCUACGACUAUCUUCAACAGCGCUGGAUCGUCGAUACAACCUCAUAUAGCUACCAUGAUAGUCGGAGCAACGUCGUUGUUCAGUGCAAUAUUUUCUCCAAUGUUCAUUG